AUGGAAGCCGGAAGUGGAGAAUUUGUGGCCGACACCCCCGACCGUUUCCAGCCAGGACAAGGUAACCCGCCGAGCGCUCCGACGACCGAGGACGGAGAAGGGACAAGCAACCCCGGUAUCAGCGCCCUAAUGCGCAGCAUCCUCGCCAAGAUGGACGAGCAAGAGCGGAAAACGAGCGAGCGAUUCGCAGCUCUAUCUGAAGUAUGCGCUGCCAUCCAGAGUCAGGCAGGCUCACCAAACGCGCCGACCGCCGAAGAAACUGCGGCCGCCAACCCAACUCAAGGCAAUGAUGAGCUCGCCGAGCAGCGCGGAAAAAUCAAGGAGGUGUCGACUCGCAUGCACCGAGCAACAAGCUCGGCGCCUGAUGUGGAUCGUAUGCUGGAACAGUCACAGAACACGCCCUUCACUACACGCGUCCGCAACGUGGUGAUCCCAAAGGACACCAAGAUUAAAUGUGCCCACUUCAAAGGCGACUCGGACCCAACGCAUCACCUGACUUCGUUUGAAAUCGCCAUCCAUCGAUGCAACCUUACGCUAGCCCAGUCAGACGCCGGCAAAUGUCAACUAUUCACGGAACUACUGAGUGGAGACGCACUAGGGUGGUUCUCGAAUCUGCCGGCCAACUCGAUCGAUAAUUUCAAACAGCUCUCACUCGCAUUUCUAAAGCAAUACUCGAUCUUGGCUAUUCCAGGGGCAACAACGGCCGACCUAUGGUCGACCGUUCAGAUAAUCGACGAGCCUCUCAGGGGAUUCAUCGAAAGGAGCGCACUGUGGUUUAAGUGCCGUUUCCGGGAGGAUCUCACAUUAAACCAAUACGAUACGCUCGAAGACGCCUUGCAUCGGGCGACCCGCUACGUAGAGAUAGAAGAGGAACAAAGCAUACUCUCCCAGAAGUAUCUGCCGCCCAAACAGCAGGUCCUUAAGAGCAAAGAUAAAUAUGUCGAACAGUAG